AUGGACAACGCGAGCAAUGGGCUGGGGACGGUGGGUCACCAGCAGCUCUACUGGAGUCCCCCACGGAAGUUUGGCCAGGGUUCUUGCUCUUGCCGUGUCUGCUCUAACCGCCAUGGUCUGAUCGGUAAAUUUAGGCUGAACAAGUGCCGUCGGUGCUUCAGUCAGUACGCUAAGGACAUCAGCUGCAUUAAGUUGGGCUAA